UCGGUGCGGCGAGGCAUAAAGAUACCAGUCCAGCGCAGCCCAGCCCAGUCGUGAGGCACACUGACUGCACCUUUCUGUUCCUUCGAGGUUUACAUAAGCAUGUCCCGGCCGUGGAGAACGGCGAUAGACGACGCAGCAAAGGAAACGGAGGAAGAUAGAGAAACGAAGCAGUUUGCACGUGAAGCUGAGAGGCCGGAACAUGGGCAGGGGACGCAGGAACUGUUAGAACUCUCGCAAGGAGAACAACCACCACCAAGCAUUGUAAAGGAGCUUCUACGAAAGGUUCUUGAUCAAGAAGAGGAAGACAAACCAGAAAUGCAACCCCUUCCACCAAAACAGCAAGUCUCCUCCUCCCAAACAAAUGUUCAAUAUAGAAUUCUAACUCGGCAGAAAGGAAGCACACAUACACAUCACAGUAAUGUUGGCUCAGGCAAAGGACUUCUGCAGAAUGAAUGGUUACGACAUGGAAAUCAUCUCCCAGAACAAGCAGGAAAUCAUAAUCAGUCCAGUGGGGAGAAAAUGAAGCAUGAAACUAACCAGGAACCAUAUCUAUCGAAAACUGAACGAAAUUACCCCAGAUACCAAACUGGACCUCAAGAAUUACUCCAGCACCAAACAGUAAACACACAAAUGCAAACGUACUACGGAAAAACAUUUCCUCAGAAAGUAACCAAUAAUCCUAUGCCCCAAAUGGCACACGAUCAACAAUACAACGCAGCUACAGAAGUGGGCAUGAACUCCGCACCUCAAGGACUUCCUGAACUUAAUCUUCCACUACAUUUACAAGGGUUUCUGAAUCCACCCGUCCUUUGCCCUCUGGGUAUGUUACCUUCUGGUGCUUGUCCUUGGAAAGGCGACAACAGAUACAGGGAAAUGCAUGUCGACACGAGCCACGCGAAUUACACUGUUUCAACUAACUUCAUCAGACUGUCUCGUAACUGUGUGAUGUUAAUGAAUGUUUAUGCCGAGUACUUCCUUUGUUAUGCGGUUGCCGUAACUGACCCAGACAGGCUAUACUGUGUCGUGCAGCACGCCUGUACUUCAUAUAAUUGUAUGCUGACUUACCAGUACAGAUGCGAUAUUUACGCUGAGAACCGAUAUGAAAAGUUAAGCGUAACCAAACUGGUUGCACACUUCCGAGAUGACUUUAAUACUCUGACUCAGAAGGGUAACUGCCUUAGUCUGGACCGUGCAACUGUUAAUUCCUUUACUGCGGAUAAUGGAUUUUAUGUUAAUGUUACAAUUUUAAUCCCAGAACAAGUGUAGCCUAUAUAUUUCCUUUCAAAACAAAAACUAGCUCAUCUUCUGAAUGAUUUUAAAACUUUAAUUAAACGAGAGUAAGUGCGAUAGUUUGAAUGUUGAAGUUGUCAUAUAAUUCUACUAAAAAUUAUGCACGUAAUAUCAAUUUUAUACUUUUAAUACGAAAACCAAAUGAGGAUAAAUCUUUUCUACUAAAGAAAUCAGUUUCCUUCUGCUGCUCUGUUUCUAGAUUAAAAUUGGAGCUUACUGUGGGCUGGUACACCUUGAUUUCACCAUCUUGCUUUAGUCACUCCUUUUUACAGUAGACAAGUGUCAGAUGCUGUUAUCACUUGACAGGCCUGAACUUCAGAGAAAAAGAGACAAGAGGUUCUCAGCGUGAUAGACUCUUAAACAUGGCAGCACGAGGAAAAGCUCUCUCUUACACUAGGAGAACUAGGAGAAUAUUUCACUCUGAUGAAGAGGAAGGAAUAAGAAAACGUACAAAAUUACAUAAUUAGGAGCUCAUAAGCCUUAACGGAAUACUAUUAGUUCCAUUUCAAAAAAGGAUUUGUCCCAUAUACGGGAUACGAAAUACGCAUAUUGGAAAAGUAACUGCAUACAACAACCACCUUCUACUAAUGAACUGAAACAUUCAUUAUCAUAUUUACAUGAAAGUGCCACCUAUCCUCAUGCUGAUCCAGCUGAAACCAGCCUUCAAUCAAUUUCAUCAACUUCAAUUUGAAUAUCCUCCCAUCUACUACUGGGUUUCCCAAAUAAUUAUUCCUUGUAUAUAUAUACCCCAUAUAACAUGUAUGCAGCUUUUCUUUCAUUCAUGUCAUCCCCGGUUUUCUGCUCAGUGUAUGUUAGGUUAAGCGUACAAAUCACAGGUGAUAUGCAGGAAAUGCAUGUGCCCAUCUCUUGGGCGUACGUACGAGUGCAGGGAGUUUUCUUCUCAAGCGAAGAAGCCAGCCAACGGAAACCUGAAAUAACAUUAAAAAAAUUACGUUCAGAAAAAAAGGACGUUUCGAAAACUCAAGUUCCCGUGCAACAUUUUAUUAGUACACAUACUUUACAGGUUUUGGUUGGAAACUGUUGCUCUCCCUCUCAAACGUCCCACAAAGUCGUGUGCAGAAAAAACACUUGGAAGAAUUUCAAGAUUACGUUAAGACCUAUUUGUUCUUAAA